CCACGUCGAUAUUCCACGAGCCAUUGUCAUACAUCUCGUUAAGCAACUUGCAGGAAGGAACGAAGAAAGAAAGAAAGAUCCUUUAUUUAUAUGUAUGCGCUUCAUCUCCAAGCUAAUUAAGCUUGUUAUUAUUUCACUCAUUUACAGGUAUUACUGCAUCGUCGCCGUCGAUGAAUCUACAGCCGGAGCAGCAGCAGCAAGCCGGUCCAGGAGAGGCGCAGAUUCCGACGACUGUGACUACUCCGGAAACCGUACCGACCCCUAGUGCCUGGGAAUCCUCUGGUUCUGUUGGGCCUUUCUUUGCGGUCAUUUCUGUGCUUACUAUUCUCGCUGUUCUUUCCUGCUAUCUGGGACGAAAGUGGAACCCUAGGCCCCUCACCCCUUUGGAGAGCAUCGAGAACGAGAACAGAAGCUGCUUUGGCUGGCUCAAGCUCUUACGUCGCCGCCCAUGUAUACCUGGGCCUGUUCAAGUUAACAACGUUAAUAAGUCGCCGGAGAUGAUCAUGGCUUCUGCUAAACACAGUGAUGAUGAUUGUACAGUUGAAGAAGGUGAGGACGCUGCACAACAAAACCUGCACCCUCAGGUUUAAUUAGUCAUUGUUAUUGCCUACGCAUUUCGUUUUUGUGAAAUUGAUAACGCGCUUGUAUUCUAAACACUUUAUUUAUCUAAUAAAUAUAUAACUUGUCGGGAGACUCCGU